AAAAGCACCUCGAACGCAGCAUCAGUAUUCAUUUCUCGAGUGAAUAUCUUCUAGUCUCGACGCAAUGGCAGCUAAGUUCAUCGUAGUACUCGCCGCUCUAGUGGCCGUCGCCCACAGCUCAGUGGUUGGAGUAGACAAUGACUACACCAGCUUCGCAUACGAUGUAGCUGACCCUCUUACCGGCGAUUACAAAAGCCAAGUCGAGACCCGAGUCGGUGGUACCGUACAGGGACAGUACUCCCUACUCGACGCUGAUGGCACAAAACGCACAGUCGAUUACGCUGCUGACGACGUCAAUGGAUUCAACGCUGUCGUCCGCAAAGACGCUGCUGUAGUUUCAUCGCCUGUUGUAGCCGCUGCUCCAGCUGUCGUCUCAUCGCCUAUCGUGGCCGCCGCUCCAUCAGUGGUAGCUGCUCGCACUAUCGCCGCGCCUGUGUACUCUGCCGCAGCACCAGCUGUGGUUGCACGUACUGUUGCCGCUCCUGCUGUCUAUGGUUCAUCAGUUCUUGCCGCCCGUACUAUUGCUGCUCCCAGCGUAGUAGCCGCAGCUCCCGCUGUUCUCGCCGCCCGCACCGUCGCAGCUCCCUCUGUGUACGCCGCUUCUGCGCCCGCUGUUCUCGCCGCACGUACCGUCGUGGCUCCCUCUGUCUACGCCGCUUCCGCACCCGGUGUCAUCGCCGCCCGUACAGUCGCGGCUCCUGCUGUCUACGCCGCUUCUGCACCCGCUGUCGUCGCCGCCCGUACAGUCGUGGCUCCCUCUGUAUAUGCCGCCUCUGCUCCCGGCGUGCUUGCACGUACAGUAGCAGCUCCCUCUAUUUACGCUGCUAGCCCCUCUGUGGUCGGUGCCCAAACUGUCGUCGGUCCUUCAGUUUACAGCACACUAUCCUCUGGUCCCGCUGUUGUAUCUGCUCCCUUAUCAUCUUGUACAGUUGCUGUUGAUAACAACCUAGAGUGCUGCGCUGCGCUUUUAACGCGGAGGUUGCCUAUGCACCACGCAAUGGCAGCUAAGUUGGUCGUAGUGCUCGCAGCCGUAGUGGCCAUGGCCCACAGCUCCGUGGUGCCAGUAGCCCGAGCAGACGCCGACUACACGAGCUUCGCGUACAACGUGGCCGACCCCAACACCGGCGACUACAAGAGCCAGGUGGAGACCCGCGUCGGUGGCACCGUGCAGGGACAGUACUCGCUGCUCGACGCUGACGGCACCAAGCGCACCGUCGACUACGCCGCCGAUGACGUCAACGGCUUCAACGCUGUCGUACGCAAGGACCCCGCUGUUGUCGCUGCGCCCGUACUCGCCGCCGCACCCGCUGUGGUCGCUGCCGCUCCCGCUGUAGUCGCUGCCCGCACUGUCGCCGCUCCCGUGGUUGCCGCUCCUUCCGUGGUCGCCGCUCCUUCCGUUCUCGCUGCUCCCUCCGUGAUCGCCGCCCGUACAUACGCUGCUCCCUCUGUGUACGCAGCUUCCUCUUUGUACGGCGCUCCCUCAGUAUACAACACUGUCGCUGCCAGUCCUGCUGUAAUUGGUGCGCGUUCAGUGGUUUCCCCUUACUAUGCGUCAUACUCUGCUCCAGUUUCAUACUGGUAAAUCGGGACAAUUGUCGAUCGACCGCGAUGUGUUCUGUAGGUAUACGUAUUGGUCGAAUAUUAUCCACUGUUACCUGUUGUAUAUAUAAAUAUAAAAUAAAUAAAAUGUAAAUUCUGA